GAAACUCAACGUUUUGAUAGUUCCUAAUCUCCUAUCAAGAAUUCUACCUUUAGAAUUUAAGGUCUUAUGAUUAAUCAUUAUAUUUCCCAAUCUACUUUUUGGGUUAUGGUCAUAAUUCUCAGUCUAAUAUCCCUCACAAAGUCAAAGUCUGAGGAAGAUAUAGCGAAUAGAUUAAUAUUCGUACCCUUUGAGGGAGAGAGAAGGAAAUGUUUAUGUAUUCAUUUAAUCUCGAAUCUACUCUUCUCUUAACCAAAAUAGAUGGUUACGUAAGUUUUUUUUUUUAGUGGAAAGGUUAUAAAUUGUAAAUUAUAACGCAGUAUAAAUCUUGCAUCAACUAACACUCCAAGUGACCCCAAUUUGCUAAAUACUAUAUAGAGUUUUGGAUAAAAUCAGAGAGAGAAAAAUGAAAUCUAAAGUCAAAAUAGCAUUAACUUACCUCUCAUUACAAUAUAAAACUUUACAAAGUGCAAGCUGCUUACUUAUUUAAUCCAUUAUUGUGGUCUCUUGUUCUCUCUCAAUUUAUUGAAUUUUUCAUUUUAAUUUGUCUUAAUUUACUCUAAUUUUAAACCGAUUAUAAAUUUUUGAUUUUCACCAAAACUUGGUCAAGACCGUCUCAAAUUGAGACUAAGAGUGGGUCGGCUCAAUUCGCGUGUAUAAUAACAUCACACAUUUUUUCUUAUUUGUUUUAUUUUCUGAUAAUUUAUCAAUUUUGACCUUAAAGAUAUCAAUAUCAACGUAAAGUAAUACUUGAAGUUGGCCGGUAUUUUAGGAAAAUUUGUGGGAAUACUUUUCAUUUAGUUGUGAUAGUUGUUGGUGAGUGAGUCACACCAACGACCAAACUUAGAAGCCAAAAAACAGACAAAAAACAAAAAGUAGGGAGUGAACAAUACUCUAAUCCAUCAUUUCUUAUAAUUUAUAAAUAUACACUUGUAUUGUAUUCCCACUAAAUAAUUCAUCCAUUCCCAUACUUCCUAUCCUUAACCCAAAUACCUCAAUUCAACUGAAAAAUCUGAAAUAAAAAAGAAAUAUUUCAUGGGUAGCCAAGAAUCUGGAAGAAUCAUAACUGGUUGGGCUGCUAAAGACUCAUCUGGCCAUCUUUCCCCUUACUCCUACUCUCUCAGAGAAACAGGGGCAGAAGAUGUAUACAUAAAGGUGUUAUCGUGUGGAAUUUGUCAUACUGAUCUUCAUCAAGCCAAGAAUGACCUUGGAAUGUCUCGCUACCCCAUGGUCCCUGGGCAUGAAGUGGUUGGUGAAGUGGUGGAGGUAGGAUCAAAUGUGAGCAAAUUCAAAGUAGGAGACCGUGUCGGAGUCGGGGUGAUCGUCGGAUGCUGCCGGAACUGCCACCCUUGCAAAUCAGAAGAAGAACAAUAUUGCAACAAGAAGAUUUGGUCUUAUAAUGAUGUCUAUUCUGAUGGCAACCCUACUCAAGGUGGCUUUGCCUCCAACAUGAUUGUUGAUCAAAAAUUUGCGGUGAAGAUACCAGAUGGAAUGGAGCCAGAGCAAGCAGCCCCAUUAUUGUGUGCUGGAUUGACAGUAUACAGCCCACUAAAGCAUUUUGGGCUGAACAAAAGUGGGCUAAGAGGGGGGAUAAUGGGCCUAGGAGGUGUGGGCCAUAUGGGAGUAAAGAUAGCCAAAGCUAUGGGCCAUCAUGUAACAGUUAUAAGCUCAUCUGAGAAGAAGAAAAGGGAAGCAUUGGAUCAUUUGGGUGCUGAUGAGUAUGUGGUAAGCUCAAAUGCUGAGAAAAUGCAAGAGUUGGGUGACUCACUUGACUAUAUAAUUGACACAGUACCAGUUUUUCACCCACUUGAGCCUUACCUUCCUCUUUUGAAGUUGAAUGGGAAGUUAAUAUUAAAUGGUGUCAUCAGUACUCCUUUAACUUUUUUAACUCCUAUGGUUAUGCUUGGUAGAAAGUCCAUAACAGGAAGUUUUAUAGGAAGCAUGAAAGAAGCAGAAGAAAUGCUACAAUUUUGUCAAGAAAAAGGAGUGAAAUCUCAGAUUGAGAUUGUUAAAAUGGAUUACAUCAACCAAGCAAUGGAAAGGCUUGAGAAGAACGACGUUAGAUACCGUUUUGUGGUUGAUGUUGCAGGCAGCAAACUUGAUCAGUAAUUUUCAUGGAUUACUAAGAAGGCUUGAACUGAUCAUUGUGUUUUGAUCUUUGUUUUUCUAUCUGUUGUUUAAAAAUUAAAUUGUUUUGUUUGUUUGUGUGUAAACUCAAAACUUAAUUCUUCUCAAGAUGAUUUAAAUCUGUGAGCGAUGUGGAAUGUGCAAGAAGAAAAGCAGAGUACUAGGAAAUAAAUAAAGGUCUUUCCAUUAAUAAAA